CAUUGUGGUGCUACGACCAGCGCUGGAUGGUGGCCCGCUGGAGUAUGUGAAGGAAAGCAUCGAAAAUGACGAACUUCAAGACUUUCGUGAUAUGGGGCGCUGUUAUAAUACACUCGACACUUUCUGAAGAGACGCAUCAUUUCACUGAAGAACACAAACAAGAAUCCAUUGAUUCCGAACUACGAGGACGCCGCGAUGUCAUAGAAGAAGAGAAAUACUACAACAUACAUUCAGAAAACAAAAACAACAUCCAACCAACACCAUGGAUACCUCAUUCCUUACCACUUGAAGACCCUACCACUAAAGUGUCCCUCACUGAUGAAGCCAAAGAAGUCUUACCAUUGUAUCAGACAACAGAACGAGUGACUGAUAAACCUACUGGGCGUGGAGCUAGAGCAUCUAACGAAAACUGGAUCAAACUGCCUUUCCCCGGACGCGAUGACACUCAAGACGCAAUCCUGACCCCUCCACAACCAUCAGGGGAUCUCAUCAACUCAAGAAUGCCAAGAGUCAACUUCGUUACACAAAAUAAGGCUUUAGAAACUUCUGAGUCGAGGAAUGACAAGGAAUCCAUUCAGAGACCGUCAAGAAAUAACGACCUGAGGACAGAAUUUGUGAGGCCAGGAGAGGAUGACAGAGCGAAACAGUUCAAACCAGUGUACCCUCGACAAGCGGUGUAUUAUCCGGAGGAAUCGCGAAGAUACUUCGAUGAAAGAUAUUACCCAGGUGACGAUGCAUACCGACGUGAUCCUUAUCCGUACGAUACCUAUGAUAGACGACGAUACUUCCCGGCAUAUCCGGGACCAAGAGUUGACAGAUAUGAUGAAGCCUAUGACAAUGUUGUUCCGAGGAAGCCUAAAAGGAUCAUAUACUACGCGCAUUUGCCUGAAGUUGUGCGUACUCCACCAAGUGUCGAUUUGAGGUACCGAUAUUCUGUAGAUCCCUACAGGCGACCCGAUGAUGACUACUAUGCACGAACUGGCAGAUACGACUACAGAUUCAGAGCUCCUCCGCCAAGGUAUCCCUACCCUUACGCUCCUUUAAGGAAAGAAGAAAGAAACUACAGAGACUUGGCUGGUGCUGGUUCAAUCGUAAAAGACAAGAAGGUUGAAGAAAAAGUUACUCCAACUCCCAUACUGCCUAAGAAGAAUGAUGACGCUUAUAAAAAUAAUAUCAAUAGGAAUAACGUAAAUGUUAACAGGAAUUUGAUCAAUAGUCACCAGUACCAUGACGAUAAUAUAAACUACAAUGACCAGUUGACGCAUAAAGCUUAUCCCGACGUAGUGAGACCUGAUGACGGGUACUUGAGAUUCGACGAACCCUUGUUUCAAGGAACUGUGGAAGAUCCAUACCAAAGGAAAUAUUAAAUUGGAAGACUAGAUCAUGACAUUUUUGGCUCAUUUUUUACUCGAGUACAAUUUGAAAAAUGUUCACAAAUGUCCACACUAAAGGGUUUCGUAAUGGGUAACUUAUUCGUUUUUAAGUGGCGAUUUUUUUGUAGUAUUUAUUUAUAGUCGUUUUCAGUCGUGUCUAAUAAAUUAUAAUGCAAAUUUUAUACAAAUAUGCAGAUUUUAUAAUAAGUAAGAAGAAUUUAUAUGCUAAAUAUGCAAAGUUGACAGAGUAUUUGUGUAAGUUGUCGCUAAUAAAUGUAAUUGCUAA